GGGGUGAGGGUCAGGUUGUUGGUUCMGYAUUCGUGUCAUCGAGUGAGUUGUUAGGUCUGCUUCCUUGUCAUAGAUUCAAUUUAAGUGAUAUUUUUGUUAGAUUGCCUUUUUAWCAUUGUUUAAUCUUGGUAUUUUGCUAAGAAUUGYCUUUGUUUGCAACUAUUUAUUGUGAAAGCAAACGCUUUAACAAAGAUGUACUCCCAAAUUCGCCGCCUUCACUCCAGUCGAUGCCUUGGUUCGAAUCUUCGUUCUGAUGCAGUAAGGAUAUUUCGUUCUGCUUUAAAAGCAGUUACGCCUCAAGAAAUGGUGAAAAAUAGCUUGUCUCUGAACAAAACAAGACUUCUUGUCAAUAACGACUYCGAGUAUUUGGUCUAUAAAAACGUUUAUGUUGUCGCAUUUGGCAAGGCGGUCCUUGGAAUGGCAAGAGCUGUUGAAGAUGUGUUGGGACCCAAAAAUAUUGUCCGAGGUGUUGCCAGUAUUCCUUGUGGAUUACAAGACGCCAUUAAGAAUUCAGGMAAUGAAGAAUUCAUUCGCAAUACUCUACUGAAAGAUGGCAGUCCUAUCAAUGUCAUAGAGGGGGCUGCACAUAAUCUUCCAGAUGAAAGGUCGCAAUAUGCAGCAAAUCAAAUCCAGAAGAUUGCAGAAAGUGUGAAGGAGGAUGAUCUUCUUAUUGUYCUGAUCUCUGGAGGUGGUUCUGCUCUCUUGCCAUCACCAGUUGAUAAGAUUUCCCUGGACGAUAAGCUUAAGACCAUCAAAGCUGUUGCUUCAAGCGGUGGUGAUAUUGUUGAACUGAACACCAUUCGUAAGAACCUUUCAAAGUUGAAAGGUGGGAGGCUAGCAGAGAUUGCAUACCCAGCAAAGGUUGUAACAUUGAUUUUGUCUGAUAUCAUUGGAGAUCCUCUGGAUAUGAUUGCAAGUGGCCCAACUGUGKUAGACUCUUCAACUCCUACUGAUUGCUUGAAUAUUAUUGCUAAACUUAAAGCUGAAAACAAAGUGCCACCUGUAGUCAUGAAAUAUUUGAGAGAUAAUGAAAAGAAUGCUGCCUCAAAAAAAGAUGAAAACAGUUUUUCUCAUGUCAAAAAUGUCUUGGUCGGAACAAACAGAAUUGCUGUUAAAGCAGCUGCCAAAGAGGCAAAAGACCUUGGAUACUCACCAAUUGUAGCAUCAACACAGCUAGAUGGAGUAGCCAGAGAAGUUGGAGUUGGGUUUGCAAAUCUUGCUAGUGUAGCUUUGACAGGAGAAAGACUUGAUAGUAGUAUACCCCCUGGWGGUGUGGAGYUGCUGAAWGAUAAUUUGGUCAAUGAAGUCAAGAGUUCACAAAAACCAUUAUGUGUURUUGGUGCAGGAGAAACCACCGUUAAUAUCAAAGGGACUGGUAUUGGUGGCAGAAAUCAGGAAAUGGCUCUAUCMUGUGCUCUGAGGAUGCAUAAUUCAAYCCUUAACUCACCCGCCAAGAAGGAGGAUGUUGUUUUUCUCAGCGCUGGAACUGAUGGACAAGAUGGGCCAUGUCCUGCUGCUGGUGCUCUUGCUGKGCCWAGYCAGGUUUCUGAAGCUAUWGCUGAUGGGCUUGACCCUCAGGGAACCAUAGACAACAACGAUUCRUUYACUUUCUACUCUGGCUUUAAAAAUGGUCGUGACCAUAUUGUAACWGGUCUGACUGGUACUAAUGUCAUGGACAUUCAGGUUCUUCUAGUUGACUCUCCACAGGAGAAAUAGAGUCUAGGGUAAGAAGGAGAAAAUUMAGUGUGAAAAAAAUGUAAAAGUAUGCUUUCUUGAAUUUAGAUAGGUUUCCUUUUUUUGAAUUCAUUGUACAUAUUCCUAGGUAUUCUAUCAAUUAUAACUAUUAUUAACUUAUUGGCCUUGAAAGGUAAUAGGCCGCAAUUUGAUAAAUUUCGAUCAAGUCAUUGAUGUUGGUUUGCYAUAAARAUWMUGUAAAAACACAAGAUAAAAGUUAURUGAGAAUAUAGUGAGRGUGACUUWAACUGAGCUUUUGUGAUCAUUUUGUACUAGUACAUCAAGAAGGUUCAAUUGCUUCACAAGAAUAUCAGUGAAAUUUCAGUUGUGAAGUUUAACUUUACAGAACAUCAAAUUGAAUGAAUUUCUUAAAAAUUCAUUCCUGUUUUAUUAUUUUGAUGCUUGCAAUAUUUUUUUUAAUGCUAAAAAAAACAAUGAAAAAGGUGUAUUCCUGCUUCUAAUAAGGAAAAUUGAACUUUUGUUAUAAUAUUGAAUAUUUACAAUAAUUGUUAAAUUAUAAAUUCAAAUGGGCCUCAUGGGUAGAUGGUCUUUAUUCACAUAUGACUUGAUCCUUGACAAGUAUUGCUAAAGUUAGAAUUCAACUAAGUUAUUAGCUUGAGUAUCAUGCUCUUUUGAAGGGGUUUGGGGAAGAGUGAAAAAGGAGAGAGAGCUCUCUCCCCUUUUUUGCUCUGCCCCUAACCCCUUCAAGAGAGCCUGAUAYUCAGGCUACUAAGUUAUGAAUUGAACCAAUCAAUUAAAUAAUGAUACUGAUUAUAAUUAUAAUAAUACUGUGUUCAUAUUCAAAAUAUUAAUGCUGCAUCUACUGCAUGACUUGUAUGGUAAUGAAACAACA